AUGGGUCACAGCGGACCGAUUGUUGGAACGAAGCAAGGAAAACUUGUCACAGCAGCGGUUCCUUUCGGGAAGCAUCCAAGUCCGAAGGUGGAGUUGUUCUCGAAAAAAUGCCUGAACAAGUCGUCGAAGGACCCGGUCAAUGACGGUUCAGACGAGAAAAGCUCGCAGUCAUCGUCGUCGGCCGACGAGGCUGGGACGGAACGGACGGCGCGAGACGAGUCCGAGGAAACGGUGGCAGAAGGCGAAUGUCCAGCGAGAUCCAUGUCUGCGUCGCCGGCCAAGGACGCCGGCGACUGUCGUCGUACCCCGCACAUAUCCGUGUUGCAGCUCAAGUCCUUCGACCCCGGAGAAUCAGCGCGAACGAAGUCUAUCGCCGAGGAGCGACGCGAGUUUCAGCAGCUCCACAACAUCCCGCGAUGUUGUUGGCAAGCUUCGUCCAAGGAAGAGGACGAGUGCUCGUGUCCCCUGGGGCUCAUCUUUCCCCGUAAGCUCAAAGAAGUGCUGUAUGACGACUGGGAAGAAGUUCGUCUUGAAGUUAUGUUACCUCUGGGUGAGCCAGCAGCGACCAUCGAAGAGAUCUUGAAGCAGUUCGAGCUCUCGAAACUCUCCACUUUGAAGAGAGGAACUCAGGAAUGGUUCGAGAUGCGAAGUUAUUUAGCUGUGAUCUUGGAGAUAAUCGACGGGUUGCCUGUAACCUCUUCCGAUGUCAUUUGGCCGUUUGUAUCUGAACGCACCUUCGCAGGAUCGCAGCCACCACAUUCCCAUCACGGGGACCAUUCUUGUGCGUCCCUCACGCUGCUUCUCUGUGACCAGGGACUUGGAGCAGGGUUAACGAAAAAUUUGCUCUACCCUCCACUCCAGACACAAUCACCUACUCCGGGCUGGUGCUCUGCUUCAGUGCUCCAGAACUCCGGACACUUUUCAGAACCAAUGACUAGUAAAAGUUCGAGCAUCCCCUGUGCCUAUCUGUCGGAUACUCCGCUGUGUGAGGAUUCCAUGAGGAAGCUGCAAUCGGAAUUCAAUUGUGUACGGGUCCAGUCUUCAGCGACGCCCUUGGUUGUUUGGGGCGGUAUUUCCCGUGUAGAAGUAUUUUCUGACUUCAUAUCGUAUAUGCAUGUUGCGAUGUGUAUUCGUAUCGUUGAGGUUUUCGAUUUUCUCGACCGGUUCCUGUCCAUAACAUCAGCCGAGAUCUGAUUAGUGAUUAUGUGAAUGUCCACCUGUGGUGAGCGCGACGAAGUUUCAGUUGAGAUAAUUUCAGAUAUUCUUGUUGGU